GCUACCAGGAAACACAGCAGUGGAACACACUGUGUGCCAGGAACACACUAUUAAGCAUACAAGAAUACAUCAGACACUGAACCAAGAGCGUUUCGGAAAACAUGUCAGCUUAUAUUUGCGUCGUUGUCCUAACAGUUUCAGCUCUCGGCGGCGCCACAGUAGUAUCAGAACUGCUCAGCAGACCCACCAACGUCCGCUUGACCUCCCACAACCUGAACCUGGUGCUGAGGUGGGACCCACCUGAAGGCACAGCCAGCGGCCUGGUCUACACAGCUAUGUACAAAAGCUCAGUCACAGACUACAGAAUUGGCUGUGAGAACACCUCAUCCCUCGAAUGUGACUUCAGCACCUUGAAGAUCAGUCCCUAUGGAAAUUAUACAGGAAGAGUGCGGGCACAGCUCGGGGAGGAGAGUUCCAACUGGGCGGAAAGCAACUAUGUCACCUUGGAUACAGACACGUUCAUUGGUUCUCCCACUGUGUCUCUCUCCUCCAAUGGUGCAACUCUGGAAGUCAGCAUUCAAGAUCCAGUGUUCAGUUUCUCGACACUAAGGAAUGUAUAUAAUGGAGUCACCUACAACAUUACCUACUGGAAGAAGGGCCAGAAUGAAAAGGCCAGAAGCAUCCCCGGCAUACAACAGCACCAGCUGGUUCUAAGUGAUCUGGACCUCAGGACCAAGUACUGUGUCCAAGUUCAAAUCAACACCGACAGGAACUCUAACCCCAGUCAGCCCAGCAGCAUUACCUGUGAGAGCACUGCCAAUGAACAAGAAGCUCCAUGGGUGGCAGCCAUGGUGGCGUUUGUCAUAAUGGCAGUGGUAGUGGCUCUGCUGGUGGUUGCGGUGGUGUAUUGGAAAAGUAUCUCCCAAUUUCUCUGUCCAAAAGAUGCACUGCCUCCACACUUUGAAGAGUCUCUGCUGGCACAUCCGAACUCAAACAUGUACCUGCACAUGCAGAGUCCAGCUGAGGAGAUCUACGACCCAAUUAGCAUCAUUGCAGGUGACAGGACUGUGGAGGAAGGGGAUCCUUUGGAGGCAGCAGGGAGCAGCUUCAGCCAACAGCCUGAUGUCAUAGUGGGGGAAAGGUAAAGGGAAAAUGGAAACGGCUGAAAGGCACAGAAGUAGUAAAAGGAGUAGAUCUGCACACUGCAGUCAGUGUUUCAGACUCUGAGAAACCAUGACAUAUUCAAGCUGGACUUGAGAGGUUAAAUGCAACAAUUUCUGCAGCAAUGGUGUCUGGCGGAGCCACAGACCUGUGCAGAUGCAAUACUGAUACAUCAUUCAGGUGAUGUUAUUUUUGUGCUGUAGAGUUCUAAUGUUGCUGACACUAUUACCAUAUAUUGUAUUUACCUGAAGGAGCAUUGCAUGGCUCACUCUGAAGAAUGCUGCUAUGGUGCUACAAGAUGUCAAUUGAAUAUAUUGUGGAUGUUUUUGUGUAUUGCCAAAUCACAAUAAUCCAUAAACUGAUCUUUAAUGGGUACGUUUUGUGAAGCAGGCAAAACUGAAUUGCCGCACUGUGGCAAUGGUUUAUUCUUAAUAAAAAACAAAUCGGUGAUGAAGUGAGAGCUGCAAAGUGUUUAUUGCAGGGCAGGGCAGUUUACACAUUGUUGAAAAAAUGACCUGAACUUGAAUAAAGUCAUGUGCAAUGUGUUGGUGCAUCCUUAUUGGUUCCAUUUGCUUUUAUUGUGACAUGAAACUGUAUAUACACACAGUAGAGUUCUAUACUUUCAUGUAAACCUGUAAAUAAUUAGAAAGUUCAAGGAUUUAGAAGCAAUUUAAAACAGAAUUUCCUACAUGUAAAAUGAGGAAAUAUUUCAGAUACUGAUCUAUUUCUGCUGUCGUUAGCACUGUUGCCUCCCGGCCUGGGCUUGGGAUCUUUCUGUGUGGAGUUUGCAUGUUCUCCCUGUUCCUGCGUGGGUUCUCACCAGGUUCUCUGGCUUGCUCCCGCAGUCAAAAAAAAUUGCUGAGGUUAACUGGUGAUUCUAAAUUGUCCGUAGGUGUGAACAUGAGUGUGCUUGGUUGUCUGUCUCUCUUUGUAGCCCUGUGAUAGACUGGUGACCUGUCCAGGGUGAACUCUGCCUUUGCCCUGACUCAGCUAAGAUAGACUCCAGACCCCCCUCAACCCUACAGAGGAUUAAGCAGUGUAUAGAUGAUGGAUGGAUGAUCUAUUUCUGUCAGCAAAUCAAACUGAAGCAGAUUAGUAGUUCCUCUCCAGUCCUGGAUUAACCCCCUAAAAACUGAUCUCCAUGUACCAAAACUACAUAUUUUGUUGUGGGUUUUUUUUGUUAUGCAUUGCUAUGCAGUGUAUGAAUGCUCUGAAUUAAAUUUUGUUGUUAUUUUGACAAUGACAAUAAAAGAUUGAAUUAAA